AUGGGUCUGGGAUAUGGUGAUCCUAGUGAUGGUGAGAUCGAAAAAAUAUACCUAUCAAUUGAACAUGUACUCGACACUCGCGAUCGUGAUGGCCCAUUUGUGGUCAUUGUUGGGUUUUCGUCCGGCGCUGCCAUGGCAGCGAUCAUCACAUCUUUACUGGAGAAAAGGCCCAAUAUCUGCGACAUUACUUGGAAGGCGCGUCAUCCCAGCCUCAGCUUUUCUGUCUGUCUCAGCGGGUUCACAUUAGGACCACUGUACAUACCGGCAGGUCUACACUCCGCUGAUCUCUACACCGAUGUUAUCGCUGUUGGAUCCCAUGAUCCAGUGGUUUUACCCACUCAGACCCGGAAUCUUGCAAGUCAAUGCCAGAAUGAAUCCACUAUGUCCCGCAAAGUAAAGAAUUUCCGCGGGUUUGCAUAUCCUCGCCCGGUUUUUGGACGAUGUGCUGGAACCUCCACGAAUGGAGCCACCAGCAUCAUUGGCAGAUGA